AUGAUGAUCACGUGGCAGUUCGGACAACAUCAAGACGAUGCACAAUGUGAAACACACAGAGCCAUGUGCAUGAGCUGUGGUAAAACGUUUAAGGGUCAAAGGCCGAACACUAUAUGCGAAAGACAUUUAAAACAAAUGCAUCCGGAAUUUUACAAGAUACUUUUGGAGAAAAAGAUAAAAAGAGCGGAAUUGCACAUGUCGACGAUGGUUAAAAAUCAAAGCAUGUCCUCGUCAUUUAAUCACAGAUGA